AUGAGUGAAAGUGACGAAACCAAAUCGAUAUCAUCUUUAAUAUCUUCUUCUUCUUCAUCACGUCCCAAAAAGUAUAUUUGCACAUAUGAAGGGUGUGAUAAAGCCUAUAAUCGACCAUCAUUAUUAGAGCAACAUUUAAGAACCCACAGUAAUGAUCGACCGUAUAAAUGUACAGUGGAGGAUUGUGAUAAAGCAUUUUUCAGAAAAUCACAUUUGGAAACACAUAUUGUAUCACAUUCCGAAAAAAAACCAUUCCAUUGUUCAGUGUGUGGUAAAGGGGUUAAUUCUCGACAACACUUGAAAAGACAUGAAAUCACCCAUACAAAGUCAUUUAAAUGUACAUUUGAAAAUUGUCAAGAAGCAUUUUAUAAACAUCAAUCUUUAAGACAUCAUAUAUUAUCUGUUCAUGAAAAAACAUUAACGUGUAAACAAUGUAAUAAAGUUUUCACUCGACCUUCAAAAUUAGCACAACAUAAAUUAAAACAUCAUGGUGGAUCUCCUGCUUAUCAAUGUGAUCAUCCUGGUUGUUUUAAAAAUUUCCAAACUUGGUCAGUAUUACAAUUUCAUAUAAAACAACUGCAUCCAAAACUUAAAUGUCCUAAAUGUGGUAAAGGUUGUGUUGGGAAAAAAGGUUUAUCUUCACAUAUGUUAAGUCAUGAUGAUUCUACCAUGAUCAAAAUAUGGACUUGUGAUUAUUGUGAUGUGGGGAAAUUUGCAAAGAAAAAUGAAUUAGUUGAACAUUAUAAUAUCUUCCAUGAUGGUAAUAUCCCUGAUGAUUUAUUAAAGGAAACUGAAGUGAAAAAAUUAGAGAACCUAUUAGAUCAAGGAUCGAAAUUAAAUAAUUUGCAUGAAUUAGAAACAGAGAAAUUAAAAGUGGAAGAAGAUGAAGAAGAUGAAGAAGAUAGUCUAGAUGAAAAAAGAAGUGAUGUUAGAUCAGACUCAAUGUCAGCUCAAAGAUCAAUAAAAUCAUUUACUGCUUCUUUGGAAGGUUCAAAGAGUGUUUCUAAACUUAUUCUGAAUAGUGGGAAGAAGAUCAAUUGUCCUAAGAAUAAUUGUGAUAGAAUGUUUUCUAGAGAAUAUGAUUUACGUCGACAUUUGAAAUGGCAUGAUGAUAAUUUACAAAGAAUUGAGUCAUUCUUAAAUAGUAUAGAAAAAGAAGAAACUCCAGAAGGUGAACCAUUGGUUAAAAAAGCCAGGAUGGAUUUAUUGCCAAAUGAAACAUCAGUGAUUUCUCGAUAA